AUGAGUGAUAGACAACCCCUGUUAAAUACAACCGGUGAAUUGUCUUUUGGUGAUGAUGAUCAUGGAAACAAGAAACAGCUUUUAAACAAUAGAUAUGAAAAAGAAUUGAUUCCAACUUGUUGGAGUAGUAUACGCCAAGGUUUCAUUUAUGGUGUUUAUACUGGAUGGCUAAUUCUUCAAGUCUACCUAACUUAUUCAAUUGGUUUUAUCUCUGGUUCUCUUCUUAUGCCAGAAAAAUGUCAUCCUUUUUCGAAUAUUAGUGAUAUUCUUAUCGUCGUCUGCAGCGUUGCAAGAUGUUUCAACUUCUACGCUUCUACUGGUCUUUGCUUUCAAUCUCUUUCAGCAGCUCGAGGUGCUGCAGCAUCUGUGUUUCGUCUUAUUGAAGAGGAAAACGAUACUACCAUUAAUGAAACAUCUGUAUGGGAUAAUAAAGAAUCAAUCGAUAAUAUCAAUGGUGAUAUUGAAUUUGACAAUGUCAACUUUGUUUAUCCAUCUCGAAAAGAUGUGCCAGCUCUGUGUAGUCUCUCUCUGAUGGCUCGUGUUGGAAAAACAACUGCUCUUGUAGGUGCAAGUGGUUGUGGAAAAAGUACAUGUAUAUCACUGUUAAUUCGUUACUAUGAGCCUUCAUCAGGUCGAAUUAUGAUUGGUGGUCGACCAAUAACAGGUUUCAACGUCAACCAACUUCGACAGAGUAUUGGUGUUGCUAGUCAAGAACCUGUUUUGUUUGAUAUGAGUAUUUAUGAAAAUAUUCGCUUUGGUAAAGUAAACGCAACACAAAAAGAAAUUGAACAGGCGGCACAAGAUGCAAAUGCACAUGAUUUUAUCAUGCAAUUACCAAAUAAAUAUCAGACAAUCGUUGGUGAACGUGGUAUACAAUUGAGUGGCGGUGAAAAACAACGUAUUGCAUUAGCUCGUGCUCUUGUCAGGCAGCCUACUAUUCUUUUACUGGAUGAAGCAACAAGUGCGCUUGAUAAUAUUAGCGAAAAACUCGUUCAAGAGGCGCUCGAUCGAGUAUGCAAAGGUCGUACAACUAUAAUUAUUGCACAUCGUUUGUCUACAAUUCAAAAUGCUCAUCAAAUAUAUGUAUUAGAUAAUGGAACUGUGAUUGAACAAGGUACACACGAAACGUUAAUGAAAAAAGAAGGAGGAAAAUAUCAAGUAAUGUUCAACCGUCAACAAAUGGAAACUAUCAAUGAUGAUAAAAGUGGUAUAAUGAGCAUGGUCUUUGGUUUUGCUAUUUUUUCAUUACAAGCACUGAAACUCAUCGGAAUCAUGCGUCUCGCUGCAUCAGUCUCAGCUGCUGAAACAUUUUUUGAUUUAUUUGAUCGAAAUCCGAUUAUCGACAAUGGGUCUACAAAAGGACAAGAAUUGCUUAUUGAUGACAUUGAUAUUCGACAACUAAAUCUUCAGUGGAUUCGUUCUCAAUUUGGUCUUGUCAGUCAAGAACCAAUUUUGUUCGAUUUAACAAUAGCUGAGAAUAUAGCAUAUGGCUUAGACAAUGUGUCAAUGGAAGACAUUAUCAAUGCAGCACGAAGAGCUAAUAUUCAUCAAUUUAUUGACCAAUUACCUCAGGGUUAUGAAACAAAAGUGGGAUUGAAAGGUAGUUUCCUUUCGGGUGGUGAAAAGCAACGUAUUGCUAUUGCUCGAGUUCUUGUUCGCCGACCUAAAGUUUUGCUUCUAGAUGAGCCGACAAGUGCCAUGGAUUCAUAUAAUGAACACAUUGUACAAGAAGCUCUUGAUCAAGCUCAAAUAGAAGAUUCUAGCCGAACAUCACUGAUUGUCGCUCAUCGUCUUUCAACUAUUCGUUCAUGUGAUUUGAUUUGCGCAUUGCACAGAGGACAUAUAGUAGAAAGUGGUACUCAUGCAGAAUUGGCCCAACGACGUGGAGCUUAUUGUAAAAUGCUUGCUCAAAACAAUCUACAAUGA